CUAGAAGGAACCCAUAUCUGGAUGACACAUCCCAAAUUCAAGCUUGCCCCUAGGAGGUAUGGCCUCUUCAGGAUCCUAUCCAAAGUUGGGUUGCUAGUGUAUAAGCUGCAAAUCCCUCAACAUUGGAAAAUCCAUCCAGUUUUCCAUGCCACUAUGCUCACUAAAUAUAAAAAGAAGGAAGCACAUAGAACAAACUUUGUCAAACCACUAUUGGAGGUAUUAAAUGAUAAGGAGCAUUACAAGGUGGAGAUGAUCUUGGACUUGAAACAACAAGAAUGUAGAACUAAAUACCUGGUCAACUGGGAAGGAUACCUAAAAGCUGAUAAUACCUAG